CGGAUGUGAGCAGUCAGCGGGUAAGUGAGCCAAGACCUUAAGUCUGUUUUGAAAUGUGAACCAACUACAUGACUUCUUAGAAAACUACAAGUCAGCGAUUACUUAGACAUGCCAAGAUGUGAGGUGAGGCAUCUUACGGUGUCGGGUGUCUCCGGCCAUUCAAACAUUCCCUGGGAGACGAGGGCUGUGACGACGCUCUGGUGGACGGCAGGCGCCAUUCUCUGUCAGCAUGUCAGCCGCGCUCGUCGUUCUCGCGUUAUGCGUCGCGCCCCUCGCCCAGGCGGCGGUGCCGGGGACGUUCUUCUGGAAGCCGCGCGUUGGGUUGGAUCUCGCCGCACCCAUGAAGGGUGAGACGGGUCCGGCCCACAAGCCCACGUGGGCGAACAUCCACAACGGGUACGUGGUGCUGAUCGAGAGCUACCAGGCGGGGAUGACGGUGGCAGCGCUCGCGAGCUACCUGGAAGACGCGCACGACGGGCACCCGCAGUUCCACCUGUGCCGCGCGCACUACUACACCAACAUGUACCGCUGGGCGCUGCGCCAUCUCAGCCUCAUACCUGAAUGGCUGGGCGGCGGGGACACUCACUACGUGUCCACGCACAAGGUGUGGAAGAAGCGUUUCUUCUAUAUGGACUCCUUCGUACCGUCAUGGAUGCGCAAAAUAUUCUUCUGCGUUAGCGAUGAAUCCUGGGCGAAGGAAGAAGAGGAAUGGAAAAAGUUCGUCAAGUACGCCGAGCCCAACUUCGGCAAAUUUUACAGGUACCCCUCCAAGAAGUUCAACAACUACAAUUCGUUGCGCUUUGGGAACACCGUCGAGAACUUGGACAUCACAGGCGCUUCCAUUCCAUAAGUUAAGUGAUUGGUGCUCUGCACCUCCACAUGGUACAAUUAACAAGACUAAUUCUAGAAGUUUUUACUUAACGAACCGUAUAUGCCAACGAAUUAUUUGAUCUCUUUUUCUUUAGGUUCAGAUCCCUAAAAAUAGGUUUCGCAUUAUCACAAUGCUCGAUUUCUAUGUAUGUUACUCCUAUUAUUAUUGUCCAGUACAUUUAUGAAAGACAUUCAUCCGUGUUCGCUGAAACAGGCAGGUAGUGCAGUCAAAUCCUACCCGCAACCGCAGUACCUACUACUUAACUAAGCGUCACGCAUCGAUUGAGCAAAGCCUUUCUCAUGUGUCUAGGUUCAUAUAAGAAUUGAUUAUCUUAAUUAAUUACUUGCUACACAUUUAAGUACUUAAAUGAUAACAAACAUUAAAUAAAAAAACAGGUAUCUGG